CGAACUGUCGGAGCACAGUGCACGGUACAGCGUUACCCGGCGAGGCAGUGUCAAGCCGUUGCUCUCGGGCUGUCGUGAAUAGAGUUAAAGAGAACCGCGAAAAGUACAACAACGCCCUGAGGAGGAGUCCGACGAUACGCGUUCGGUCCAUACAACUUUUUUUUUCAUUUUCAUUUUAAUCAGUUAUUGUUGUGCGCCAAAGGAAAAAGACUGGAAAGGUCCGGGGAAUGGGGAGUUCCGGAGGGUUGUGUGAAGAAUGAGAGGGAGCAGAGAAGAUAUUUUACGAGUGAAUCACGGGAACACGGGGGGAUUUAAAGUUUAAAAUCCUGGAAUAAAUUGUCCUUUUUUUGGGAAAAAAAGGAAGCUCCUGCUGGAGAUCGAGACGGGGGCAGAAGGAAGAAGGAGGCUUUUUACCCAAACAGAGGGGGUGGAAUAUAGCAAAAGGAAAAUGGAAAAAAGUAAACGAGAUAGGGUGGAUGAUCUGACGGCAGCGGAAAAACUAUUGAGUUGGUGAAUGACAAAAGACUGAAAGGGAAAAAAAAACGAACAGAGAAAGGAAAAAAAAACGAUAAAAUGCGGAUUUUAGUCGUUUCACUGCUCCUGAACGUUGCCAUGCAGACCAGAUACACCUCGACGUAUGUCGAGGCUGAAAUGAUUCAUCAGUCGCGUGGAGGUGUUAACAAUGCUGUGGAUAAUGGAGAUGCAUUAACAGUGAAAGUUCCAGCGAUGAAUUUUGGUACUGAAAAUUCCACAACUAUUCUCGCACAGUCCGGCUCGACUGCUCUACUGCCCUGCGUCGUACACAGCAUCGGAGAGGGGACUGUCACUUGGAUCAGGCGAAAGAGUAUACAACAUCAAUUACUAACCGUCGGACUGACUACCUACGCUAGCGACGGUCGUUUCCAGGCUAUCCACUUUCAUCAUAGUGAGGAUUGGACCCUUCAAAUAAAGUACGUUCAACCGAGGGACGCUGGUAUGUACGAGUGCCAAGUUUCUACACAUCCACCCACAAGUAUAUUUCUGUUUCUCGAGGUCGUUGAGGCACGAGCGGAAAUUGUCGGGCCAGCCGAGAAAUUUGUCCGUCCAGGAAGUACUCUGCAGCUCCACUGUCUGGUUAAAAACUCCACCGAGACACCGUCUUAUCUAUUUUGGUAUCACAACUCGCGAAUGAUAAAUUAUGACUCCGAUCAAGGUGUCAAUGUCAGUACCGAUCUUGUUGUACGUGAGAGUUGGCUAGAGGUACCGAAAGCAUCCGAUCGUCACUCUGGUAAUUAUACGUGUGAAGCUAGCAAUGCUGUACCGGCUCGUGUAUUCGUGCACAUAUUGAAUGGUGACAAUCCAGCAGCAAUGCAGCACAGUUUAGCAUCGUUGGAUAAAAAUUCAACACUACUCAUAGCUAUUAUUUGGCUCACUAUUUUCAUCCUACCGAGUGCAUUUUUUUAAUGGAGAGUCGAUGAUUAAUCAUUGGAGUUACAAGGUUUAUUGUGUGUAAAUAUUGGUACAAUCUGUGGGUAACUGUACAUAAUCCCAUGCAUGUGUAUACUAUGAAUAAAUGAUAAUCUACUUCA